CCCCGCGGCCACCGAUUUUGAGAAAACCAACCACCGUUCCAGCCCUCGAUUGUUUACAAGUUAUCCUAUAUAUCAUUCAAGACAAGAUAAAAAGAAAAAGAAUUCCCGAUACGUAUCUACACAUAUACUUAUACUGUACUCUUUACCCCUCCUCAACCGCAAUAUGCUAACGUGCAUUCUAAGGUUGGCUAACGCCCAAUCGGCCAACUAGCCAGUAAUAGCUUCGGAUAGGCACCAAAACUCCUCUCGCCCCGCGAUUUUAGCUUCUUAAUCUUCCUCAAACCUCAUUUCUCGGCGUUCUGUUAGUUUGCCGGCACGAACCAAACUGUACACCGCCUGUAGAAUGUCCCACGAUGGGACCGAACGGACUUAGGAAGAUCGUCCCCGCCGAAGACGUUACCGAUAACACCACUUUCGACAUCAUCGCAAUCCAUGGCUUGGAUGCCGAGUCACCGCGAACAUGGGUUUUCGAUAAAAGAGACGGAAGCCGAACUGUGAACUGGCUACAGGACAGGGACAUGCUACCAGCUGCCGUCCCAAGUGCCCGCAUCUACACGUACGACUGGAACGCCAAAGUUUUCGACAACGCUCCCGUCCAAACGUUAUUAGGCCACGCCGACUACCUCCUCGGCCUUGUGGCGGCGGAACGUGGCACCUCCUCCGAUCGACCUAUCAUCUUCAUCGCGUCUUGCUUUGGCGGACUUGUCUUAGCCGAGGCCAUCUGUCGGGCAGCCCAGGAGGGUAGCGAAUACCGCCAAAUACUUCGGUCCACCGUCGGCAUCGUCUUCUUAGCCACCCCGUUCUUCGGCACGGACGCAGCUCGUCCCGCGUCGUGGCUCGUAGUUGUGAACGGGAUCAUGGGCAAGGACGCGUCAGAUCAAUUAAUCAAGGAUCUCGAGGCGCGCCAUGAUUUUGUUCGCGAGCGGGUCCAGAAGUUUGCCGAAAUCGCCAACGACAAUGCCAUCCGAUUGCCUAUUUGGUGUUUCUUCGAGACGGAGAAAACCAAGAUUGUGAGAAAGGUUCUCCCAAUAUGGAUUUCGGAUAAGCGGACGCAUGGUUCCAUACUCGUUACCCAGUCCUCGGCCUGUCUCCACGGCUUUACACGUCGAGGCCUCGGGAAAACUCACGUGAUGAUGAACAAGUUCGAGGGAAACGACUGCCCUGAUUUCAAACAGGUCAAAGAAGCCAUCCAGUUCAUACUGAAAGAGACACCAAACACCCUAAAGCGCCGAGAGAAAGAUGCAAAGAAACCUCAUUUCAUGGUCCCGUUCGGGCGCAACGAGAAUUUUGUCGGACGCGAAUCCAUCCUACAGCAGCUCCUUAGCAGGAUUCCCCCAGAUGCGAACCAGGACGACUGCCAGCGGACCGCCCUUGAAGGUCUCGGGGGCAUCGGCAAGACCCAAGUCGCCCUCGAAGCCGCCUACCGCGUCCGCGACAAGCAUCCCGGCUGCUCCGUCUUCUGGGUUCCCGCUGUCGAUGCCACCAGUUUUGAAAAUGCCUAUCGUGACAUCGGGCGACAGCUCGGGGUGAAAGGAAUUAAUGAUGACAAGGCAGACAUUAAGACGCUUGUCAAGGCUGCCCUGAGUGAUGAGAGCGCUAGCAGCUGGCUCUUGAUCAUCGAUAACGCCGAUGACCUACAGUUAUUUGCUGAUGCAACGCUUUCGGACCACCUCCCAUUCAGUCGGAAAGGAUCUGUCCUUUUCACAACGCGGAAUCAUGAGGCUGCCGCUAGGCUGUCACAAAAUAAUAUUACGACCGUAACUGAGAUGGAAAAUGACGAAGCAACGGAUCUGCUACGAGCCGGUUUAAAGGAAAAUCAGAUACGCGACGCAGAGAGCACAACAUGCCUGUUAGAGUUCCUCACCAAUCUUCCCCUGGCUAUUAAGCAAGCAUCAGCUUACAUGUCUAAAACGGACAUGUCGGUAUCGAAAUAUCUUCAGCAUUGCCAGUCAAGCGAUAAAACCAUAGUUAAGCUUCUCAGCCAGGACUUCGAAGACCGCGAUCGAUACAAAAACAUAAACAACCCAAUAGCUACAACCUGGUUGGUCUCGUUUAACCACAUUUGCCGAGAUUAUCCACUCGCUGCACGAUAUUUGAGAUUUAUCUGUUAUCUUGCAGAGAAAGAUAUCCCAGUAUCGCUGCUCCCCCCAGCAGAAGACGAACUGGAAGCCGAGGAAACUAUUGGCGUAUUGAAAGGGUACGCAUUCAUCAUGGAGCGUAAAGAACCAGACUCGUUUGAUAUCCAUCGGCUUGUUCGGUUGGCCAUGCGCAAUUGGCUGCAGACAAACGGAGAAUGGCAAGAAUGGGCGACCAAGGUCUUUCAACGGCUUACUAAUGAAUAUCCAUUUCCUAAGCACGAGAACCGAGCUAUCUGGACGAGAUACCUACCACACGGACAGGCGGUAUUAGAACUUCGAAAUGAGUGUGCUGAUAAAGAGACUGGUCUCCUUUUCAAUGUGGCGGCAAGUCACUCCAUACUUGGCAAGUAUAACGAGGCGGAGCAGAUGUACCGGCAGACACUGGAGCUGAAGGAGCGGGUAUUAAGCAGAGAGAAUCCCUCCACACUUGGCAGCAUGAAUAAUCUUGCAGAAGUCCUUCGAAAUCAAGGGAAAUAUCAAGAGGCAGAACAGAUGCAUCGGCAGACACUAGAGCUAACGGAGCGGGUAUUAGGCAGAGAGAAUCCUUCUACACUUAACAGCAUAAAUAAUCUUGCAGUUGUUCUUGGAAAUCAAGGGAAAUAUGAAGAGGCAGAACAGAUGCAUCGGCAGACGCUGGAGCUAAUGGAGCGGGUAUUAGGCAGAGAGAAUCCCUCUACACUUGACAGCAUAAAUAAUCUUGCAACUGUCCUUCAAAGUCAAGGGAAAUACGAAGAAGCAGAACAGAUGCAUCGGCAGACACUGGAGCUGAAAGAGCGGGUAUUAGGCAGAGAGAAUCCCUCUACACUUGACAGCAUGAAUAAUCUUACACUUAUUCUUGAUAGUCAAGGGAAAUACGAAGAGGCAGAACAGAUGCAUCGGCAGACACUGGAGCUGAAAGAGCGGGUAUUAGGCAGAGAGAAUCCCUCUACACUUGACAGCAUGAAUAAUCUUGCACUUGUUCUUGAUAGUCAAAGGAAAUACGAAGAAGCAGAACAGAUGCAUCGGCAGACACUGGAGCUGACGGAGCGGGUAUUAGGCAGAGAGAAUCCUUUUACAUUAAAAAGCAAAGCGAAUUUAGAUAUUUGCUUAAAAGCUAAAAUAGAUAAGGGGUUAUAAUAAAUUUCACCCGGAAACUAUACGGUUUUAUAAAUAGAAAUCUUAUUUUAUAAAGGAGCUUAUUAAAAAAUAUAAAAUGUAUUAAUAAAAUACUUAACCGAUAGAUUUUAUUAUAAAAUGUUUGCA